AUGAUGGGCUUCGGCGAGACGUUCGAAGGGGACUUUGCGCACGUGCUGGGCAGCGCGAGUGUGACGCUGGAGUGCGGCGAGAUGUGCAGCCACGAGGUGCCCACCUACCGCCUGGGUCAGAACGCGCUCUGCGGCACCAACACGACGUACGCCAUGUGCUGGGGCGACAUGGGCGGCGCCGUCAUGGACGACGAGGGGAAGCUGGCGGGGCUGAUAGCAUACAAGACGUUCAAGUCACCCAAGUCGUCGGAGCAUCAGACCACGCGCCUGUGUGCCCAGAAGGCCAAGAACAUAUUCUUCAUGUUCAUCGGCUACUACCGCGACUGGAUCCAUUCCGUCAUAUCCGCGUCGGAAACAUAG